GGGCAGCGGGAACCGGGGCAGGGCCAGCCCCGAGGCCGCGGUGAUGAUGCAAAGUCUGCUGGGAAGUUCCAGGGAGACAGUGGCCACCCAGAGGCUGGGGACAGUCGGAGGCAUCAGAGAGGCCGUGCAGAACACCGGAGACACACCAUCACCAAUGGUGUGGACUUCAGCAUGCUGAAGUACAUGAAGGAGCUGGAACAGGAGAAGGAUGUCCUGUUGCAGGGCCUGGAGCUUAUAGACCGGGCUCGAGCGUGGUACUGCCAGCACAUCCAGCUCAUGCAGGAGCACCAGCGGCUCCUGGGGAAGAAGAGGACCAGUGCUGAUUUUGCUGAGGGUGGCCAGAGUCACCUGGGGCGCCUGGUGCCCAAGCUUCAGGAGGUGAACCGCUGCCUGGGUGACCUUCUUUCCACUGCUGGCAAGGCAGCAAACCCCUCCUCAGCCCUGAGCAGGCUGGUGCCUGUAACAUCCCCAGCCUCCACAGGCUCCCAGCAAGCCAUCAACAUGCUGAAGGAGCAGAAUCGGCUUCUCACUAAGGAGGUGACUGACAAGAGUGAGCGCAUCACCCAGUUGGAGCAGGAGAAAUCUGCCCUGAUCAAGCAGCUCUUUGAGGCUCAUGCCAACAACAACCAUGAGAUGAGCCAGCUGGACUCCACCUUCAUCUAGCACAUGCCUCCCCCACCCCAUCCCCAAACUUCCUCGGGGUUUUCAAGGGACCCUUGCUCCAAACUAAUCGUACCCACUGCUCCAGGUGUUGUGUCUCAAGAUCUGGGGCUGCUGGUGGCAUCUCUGUGGGAGGAAGCCGGGAGCCCUCUUGGGGAGCAUCCCUGCCCUGCUGAUGGUUUAUCAGCCAUGCUGUUCUCAAGCUGCUCCUUUCCUGUCUCUAAAUGGGUUGCAGGGACACUGUCCCCAGCCCCGUGACCCCCAGUAUGUGGGAGACAUGGCUGCUGUCUGUGCUGCCCGUGUGGGGUGAGCUGCUGUGCCCUUGCUGACUUAGGCUGGAUUUUGGGGGCUCAUGGGAAAAAGUGAUGCAUCUUCAACACUCCAGCCAGCAUCUCCAGACAAGCCUGACCCUUAGAGGCUCAUGCUUGUCCUGCCGUUGGAAGACUAAGAUUAGAAAUCCAAGGAGGCAUGCCUGGCCCCUCUCUGCUGCCCAUGUUCUGCCAUGUCCUGGCCCUGUAGUGCCCAAACUGGUGGUCCUCAUGGCAGCCCCUCUGUCGUGUUUGUGGUAGUGAUACCAUAGUUGCUGUUUACAUGUCUGCAGGCUCCUGUAGGGAAUGAGCCAUAGACCUAAGCAAGAUAGCCUCUACCUCUGAGCUGCUGUUUUGGGCUGUUGACAAGUUGAGACAGACACCGCGCCCUUUACUUGGCUUGACCUGGCAAAUACUUCCUGAUACCUGCCAGGAUUACAUUCUUUUCAUGACUGUCAGAGAAAUGAUCUUCUGUAGCCUGGGGAUGCUCACAUCAGCCUGACCUCGCGGGGGGGCUUUAGAACUUGGUUUUGUAUUUAACUGAGUGUGAGACAGAGCAGAGGCUACCAGGCUCUUCCCUGUGCACAUCUCCACAUGGAGAAAUGGCAGCUCUGCUUCACGUGGUUGUGGAGGCUACUGCCAGGGGUGACAUCCUGACUGUGAGCUGCACUCUUCUGCAGGUGUCUUGAGGGGUGGUGGUGGUCUAAGAUGAGUCCUGGCGCAUCUCAGGACUCCUCCUGCUUCCCAUCACGAUGGGAUUCCCACCUCAGUGAUGAUGCUAGAGCUGAAUGACAUUCGACUGUGGCUUGCUACUUGGUAUCCAUGGUACUUUCACUGGAGAUCCCAUGUAGCACAGCCUGGCCCACUGUACCCCCAGGGCCAAGGCCUUUCUCUCUGGGGUUGUUUCGUGCUCCAAUUCUCCAGGUAUGAUGCUGUGGCACUGAACUGAGCUGGGCAGAAGGUGCUGGCUCUGCCCUGAGCUGACACAUGCAGGCCAAAUCUCUUCUCACUUUUGUUCUUAUCUGUCAGGACUCUCUCCCAUGCAGCAGUUCUCUUCGAGGUUGAUCCUGAGCUAAAGCUCACUGCAAUGUAUGAAUCCCUGCUCUGCCCUUGUGCCUGCAGCUGGAGUAGGGAUCAGUAGAAUGCCAGGGGGAUGGUGGAGGAGGAGCAGCAGGGCCAUGGCUAGUCAUGUCCCCUGUCCGCAAGAGUCGGGUGUUAGUUGUUCCCUGGGCAUCAGUGUCUGCUAUCCUUUUUGUGGUGUCUUCUCUGGUGUCCAGUGCCUGUUUUGCCUAAGGUUUAAUUAGAACUGACCCUUUUUAUGAGGGUUACCUGUCUGUAGGGCUAAUAAAGUGGGGUGACCUAUUUAAUUUAUCCUUC